AUGCCUUCUGGACGCCUCCCUGGUGAGGUUUCUGCACGUCCCCACUGGGAGGAGAACCUGAGGAAGACCCAGGACAUCUCUUGGCUGGCCUGGAAACACCUCGGGUUCCCUCAGGAUGAGCUGGCAAAUCAUGUGGUCAAGUCCAGUGGAGCUGGAGCCUAUCAGAGUCCUCAGCCCUUGGCUACACCUUUGCUGCAGCAGAAGGAGAAGCUGGACCCCAGAUUCAUAAUGCACAUUGUCUCCUGGGAGCUGCUCGGUGCCAACCACCCUAAAAUGUUGGUUAUGGAGAAAUCACUUGUGGAGCAGCUGGAGGUAAAGGAGUGCAAUUUGUCCUUGGAGAGUGUCUUUGACUACUACUGUUUUAUCUUCGACGGCAGGUUACAGCAAGCAAGUCCCACACUGAAUGGCACUAACAAUGAAAACAGAGAGCCUGACAGUGACAGAGAGAAUGGCGGCAACGACAGAAAGAUAGCCGCUGACAACAACGGACUGACAUUAAUGAUACAGAGACAGAAGGUGACAGUGACACAGAGACAAAGUCAAACAGAGACAGAUGCAAACGAUCCCAAUGCCUGGACGUGUCUGGUCUGUGUCCUCAUAGUCAAAAUAUCAGACAUCGAUCAGCAGCGACCGAUCAUCUGCAACUUCCGAGGCUCAGUGACUCAGGGUUUGGCUCUGGAGGUGGGAGAGACUGUUCAGAUUCUGGAAAAAUGUGAAGGAUGGUACAGAGGAUUCUCAACAAGGAAGCCAAAUGUCAAGGGAGUUUUUCCCGCCAGCUACAUUCACCUGAAGAAAGCCAUCGUAACCAACCGAGGGCCACAUGAGACUGUGGUGCCUCUGGAAGACCCUAUUGUAACUGAAGUGACAUUGACGCUUCAAGAAUGGGCUUUACUAUGGAAACAACUUUAUGUGAAACACAAGGUGGAUCUGUUCUACAAGGUGCGUCACGUGAUGAUGGAGCUGAUCGACCUGAGGAGGCAGCUGUUGUCUGGUCAUUUGACGCAAGACCAGAGCAGAGACGUCAAGAGGCACAUCACCGUCAGGCUCGACUGGGGCAACGAACACCUGGGGCUGGACUUGGUGCCUAGGAAGGAGUUUGAGAUGGUUGAUGAGGAUCAGAUAAGCGUUUCAGAUCUUUAUAAGAUGCAUCUGUCCAGCAGGCACAGUGUCCAGCAGAGCACCACACAGGGCGAUAACACCCGGCAGCGACACGGGGAACCAUGUAGGGUCCCAGUACCCCACCAUCUACUGGUCAACCUGAAAAGCUUCACCUACAACAGCAUAGGAGAAGAUACAGACAUAUUCUUCUCUCUCUAUGAUCUGAGAGAGGGGAAAACUAUCAGUGAAAAGUUCAUGGUGAGACUAAACAAGAAUGGAGGACCAAAGAAUCCAGAGAAGGUGGACAGGCUGUGCGCGCUUUUCACGGAUCUGAGCAACAAAGACAUGAAGAGAGAUCUUUACAUAGUCUCACAAGUUAUUCGAACAGGCCGAAUGCUGUUAAACGACAGUAAAAAAGGGCCUCCACAUGUUCAGUACCGCCGACCGUACGGCUGUGCAGUCCUGGCCAUGAGUGAUGUGCUUCAAACCAUCUCAGAGCUAAAAGAGGAGAAAGACUUUGUUCUUAAAGUUUAUACGUGUAACAAUGAGAACGAAUGGUACCAAGUCCAUGAAAACAUCAUUCGCAAGUCCAGCACCAAGUACACAGCACCCAGCACCAACUAUGGUCUGAUCAUCUCCCUGCAGCUGCUGAGGGGGGACAUGGAACAGGUCCGCAGAGAAAACCCACUCAUUUUCAGCCGGGGCGUGGCUAUCGCACGGAAACUUGGAUUCCCAGAUGUCAUCAUGCCAGGUGACAUCCGUAAUGACCUGUACCUGACACUGGAGCGAGGGGAUUUUGAGAGGGGAGGGAAGAGCGUUCAGAAGAACAUCGAGGUGACCAUGUAUGUUCUCUACGCCGAUGGAGAAAUCCUAAAGGACUGCAUCAGUCUGGGUUCAGGUGAGCCCAACAUCCCAGAGUACCGAGCCUUUGUUCUCUACCACAACAACAGCCCUCGCUGGAGUGAAGUCGUUAAACUGCCCAUUCCCAUCGAUCGUUUCAGAGGAUCCCACCUGCGCUUCGAGUUCAGACACUGCUCCACAAAAGACAAAGGAGAGAAAAAGCUGUUUGGCUUUGCCUUCACUCCUCUGAUGAGGGAAGAUGGAACCACUCUGUCUGAUGAAAGCCAUGAGCUCUAUGUCUACAAGUGUGAUGAAAACACAACUUUUAGCAACCAUGCCCUCUACCUGGGCCUGCCCUGCUGUAAGGAGGACUUCAACAGCUGUCCCAGCAUCCCCUCCAGCCUCAUCUUCCAGCGCAGCACCAAGGAGACCUUUUGGAUCUCCACACAGCUCUCCUCCACCAAGCUCACUCAGAACGUGGACCUCCUGGCCUUGCUUAAGUGGAAGGCCCAUCCUGACCGGGUCAUGGACAUCCUUGGACGGCUUCGACAUGUCAGCGGAGAAGAGAUAGUCAAGUUUCUCCAAGACAUUCUGGACACCUUAUUCUCCAUCUUGGAUGAUAAUACAGACAAAUACGGACCACUGGUGUUCCAGUCAUUGGUGUUCAUCAUAAACCUGCUCAGGGACAGUAAAUACUACCACUUCAGGCCGGUGAUGGACACAUACAUCCAGAAGCACUUUGCAGGCGCCCUGGCCUACAAAGAGCUGAUCCGCUGUCUCAAGUGGUACAUGGACCGUUCUGCUGAAGUGGUCCGACAAGACCACAUACAGGAAGCCAUGAGGGCAUUGGAGUAUUUGUUUAAGUUCAUCGUCCAGUCUCGGAUCCUUUAUUCUCGGGCUACUUGUGGCAUGGAGGAGGAGCAGUUUCGCACCAGCAUCCAGGAACUCUUUCAGUCCAUCCGCUUCGUCCUCAGCCUGGACAGCCGCAACUCUGAGACCCUCAUCUUCACUCAGGCUGCGCUCCUGAACUCAUUCCCAGCUAUCUUUGAUGAGCUGCUGCAGAUGUUUACAGUGCAAGAGGUGGCAGAGUUUGUGCGUGGUACUCUAGGCAGCAUGCCAUCCACGGUGCACAUCGGACAGUCCAUGGAUGUGGUCAAACUUCAGUCCAUAGCUCGAACUGUGGACAGCAGGCUCUUCUCCUUCCCUGAGUCUCGAAGGAUCCUGCUGCCUGUGGUUCUGCACCACAUCCAUCUCCACCUGAGACAGCAGAAAGAACUGCUCAUCUGCUCUGGAAUACUCAGCUCCAUCUUCUCUAUCAUCAAGACCAGCUCCCUGGACACAUCAGUGCAGGAGGAGGUGGAGAUGAUGGUAGAAUCCCUGUUGGAUGUCCUCCUGCAGACCCUUCUGUCAAUCAUGAGCAAGAGCCAAUCGCAGGAGGCGGUAAGGGGUCAACGCUGUCCGCAGUGCACCGCGGAGAUCACUGGAGAGUACGUGUCCUGCCUCCUGUCACUCCUCCGCCAAAUGACAGACAUCCACUUUCAACACCUAAUAGAAAACUUUCAGAGCAAGGAUGAGCUCAAGGAGUUCUUGCUGAAGAUUUUGUGUGUGUUCAGAAAUCUGAUGAAGCUCAGUAUUUUCCCCCGUGACUGGAACGUCAUGAGGCUGCUCACCAGCAACAUCAUCCUAACCACAGCUCAGUACCUCUCCCCUGCUCUCCACAAGAACUUUACAGAAACUGACUUUGACUUUAAGGUGUGGAACUCUUACUUCAGUUUGGCUGUGCUUUACAUCAACCAGCCAAGUUUACAGCUGGAAAUCUUGAGUCCGGCUAAGAGGAAGAAGGUCUUAGACAAGUAUGGUGACAUGAGAGUGAUGAUGACCUAUGAGCUUUUCAGUAUGUGGCAGAAACUGGGUGAAAAUAAGAUCCAUUUCAUCCCUGGUAUGAUCGGUCCCUUCCUGGGAGUGACGCUGGUCCCUCAGGUGGAGGUGAGAAACAUCAUGAUUCCCAUUUUCCACGACAUGAUGGACUGGGAGCAGCGCAAGAACGGAAACUUCAAACAGGUGGAGGCUGAACUGAUUGACAAGCUGGACAGUUUGGUCUCUGAGGGGAAAGGUGACGAGAACUACAGAGAACUCUUCAGCUUGCUAACCCAGCUGUUUGGGCCCUAUCCCAGUCUGCUGGAGAAGAUCGAGCAGGAGACGUGGAGAGAGACAGGGAUUUCUUUUGUUACCUCUGUGACAAGAUUGAUGGAGCGACUGUUGGACUACCGGGACUGUAUGAAAGGAGAUGAGACAGAAAACAAGAAGAUUGGCUGCACUGUUAACCUCUUGAAUUUCUACAAGUCUGAAAUCAACAAAGAGGAGAUGUACAUCCGCUACAUCCACAAACUGUGCGACAUGCACCUGCAGGCGGAGAACUACACCGAGGCUGCGUUCACGCUGCUGCUGUACUGGGAGCUGCUGCACUGGGAUGAGAGACCUCUGAAAGAGUUCCUGCACUAUCCUGCUCAGACUGAGUGGCACCGCAAAGAGGGCCUCUGCCGCAAAGUCAUCCACUACUUCAACAAGGGCAAGUGUUGGGAAUACGGUAUUCCUCUGUGCAGGGAGCUGGCCUAUCAGUAUGAAUCUCUGUAUGACUACCAGAGCCUCAGCUGGAUACGGAAAAUGGAAGCAGCAUAUUAUGACAACAUCAUGGAGCAGCAGCGUCUGGAGCCGGAGUUCUUCAGGGUGGGAUUCUACGGCAGGAAGUUCCCGUUCUUCCUCAGAAACAAAGAGUUUGUCUGUCGUGGCCAUGACUACGAAAGGCUAGAAGCUUUCCAACAAAGAAUGCUGGGAGAAUUCCCACAAGCCAUUGCGAUGCAGCACCCCAAUCAACCAGAUGAGGCCAUUCUGCAGUGUGAUGCUCAGUAUCUCCAGAUCUACGCUGUCACACCAGUUCCAGACAGCAUCGGUGUCCUCCAGAUGGACAGAGUACCGGACCGCAUUAAGAGCUUCUAUCGGGUGAACAAUGUUCGACGGUUCCGUUACGAUCGGCCUUUCCACAAAGGGCCCAAAGACAGAGAUAAUGAGUUCAAGAGUCUCUGGAUUGAGAGGACGACUCUGAUCCUCACCCAUCCUCUGCCAGGGAUUUCACGCUGGUUUGAAGUGGAGAAGAGAGAGCUGGUGGAGGUGAGUCCGUUAGAAAACGCCAUCUCUGUGGUGGAGAAUAAGAACCAGGAGCUGCGGACUCUGAUCAGCCAGUACCAACACAAACAGCUGCAUGGCAACAUCAACCUGCUCAGCAUGACGCUGAACGGAGUCAUUGAUGCUGCCGUUAACGGAGGCAUCGCCAGAUACCAAGAGGCUUUCUUUGACAAGGAGUACAUCACCAGCCACCCUGAAGACACAGAGAAGAUCACACAGCUCAAAGACCUGAUGCAGGAGCAGGUCCACAUCCUCGGAGUCGGCUUGGCUGUGCAUGAAAAGCUGGUGCACCCAGAAAUGCGUCCCCUGCACAAGAAGCUAAUAGAUCAGUUCCAGAUGAUGAGGAGCAGCCUUUGCCAUUGCUUCUACGCUGCAUUGCAGGGUCUGCCUGGGUUAGACAAGUCCGUUUCAGGGGUCAACACUUCCAGAGGGAUCCUGGCCACUCACAGUCCCAUGAGCCCCGAGAGCUUCAAACUCCUGCACCGACACAGUCCCAUUGCUGUUUUGACUCCAGUUCGCAUUUCCUCCCCCUCUCUCUCCUCUCACAACUCCAGUGAGACAGGCAACCUGCUGAUCUUGGCAGACGGGAUGGUGGUGGAGCAUCCAGAGGAUUUCUACCGCAUGCAGGCAAGUCCUUCCUCCUCCAGUCUGAGCUCCACCCACUCUGCACCCCCUCAGAUGAUAAAUUCAACCCCCUCAACCAUGAGAGUUGGAUCCCCUUCUCUGCCAGACAAGUACAGACACAACAGAGAAAUGUUGAUGCUGCUGCCGCCACACAGAGAGAGACCAAGCAGCGCAAUGUACUCCAACAUCACAGAGAAUGGGCAGCCAAACUUCCAACGAGCAUUGUUCCACCAGGUGAUCGGACCCUGUAAACCCUGCAGUGACCCCAACCUCUCUGUGGCUGAGAAAGUCCUCACCACCCCCAGUAGUUGGAGCUUGGACAGUGGUACCAGAGAGGCCCUUCCGUUCCUCGCUUCCCAUGUUGGCAGUGUCAUGGCUCCACCUGUUCCUCCACGUAACAUGCCUCAUGGGCAACACCUGUCGAUGCACUUUGAAGCUUUCCACCACCAGAUCAGCGACCUCCCUCCAGCUCUCCCUGCGCGCUCCUUAAGAAAGUCUCCCUUGCACCCUAUACCUGCCUCGCCCACCAGUCCACAGUCCAUCCUGGAUGGCAGUAACCUGUCAGGCAGCGCCAGCUCUGGGGUCUCCUCCCUCAGCGAGAGCAACUUUGGUGGCCCCACCUCGUCCUCUGACCCCCCAGCCAGUCGCACAGACACCCUUGAGUCUGUCCCCAGCAGCCAGGCCUGGACCACUGACCAGGAAGACCUUGACUCACCCUAUCAGCCAGUCAGGUACAGUAUGUCCGAGCCUGACGUCCUGGAUGGAGUCAAACCUCCACCCUGCCGCAGCCACUCAGCCCCAGGAGGGGUCAACCCGGCCCAGGUGGGCUGCCAAAUCCAGCCUCAUGGAGCUCCACAAACACAGCAGCCAGAUGGGCUGCAACACCCCCACCUCUACUACCACCACCACUUCCCACACUAUAUCCCCCACCACCCACCUCUCUAUCACCUCCAUGAGCCCCCUCCAGCUCUGCCCCCUAAACCCUACCUCAGAGAGGGGUGUAUCCCUGAAGAGGACCCCCUGAUGAUCCAGUCUGGACCACCGCCUCCUCCUGCACCCCGGCCAAUGCCGCGCAAGAUCUCCCAGCCCAUAAUUGCAGCAACCAAGGAUGAACAAGCUAAAGUGGCGUGGGAGCACGGCAUCAGCGAGGAGUGAGCUGGCGUCAACAGAUGGCUUGUACAAACAAAACACAAACUUUUUAUUUCUAAUGAGAAAAACCUGAGUGUGAGAGCUAAACUGAGACUGAGUCCUGAGGUGAUGAUGAGGAGUAACUGGUUUCCCCUCGGAUUUACUGCAGAAGCCACUGAAGGCAAGAGCUGUGAAGUCAAAGGUUCAAAUGAGCUGCUUUCUCUGACACCACAUCCUCAGCAAGCCAGCUGUGUCCUCAACUUCUGAAAAUAUUAUCUGCAUCCAUGUUUGAGUGCAAAGCUUGAUUUGAUGUUAGAUUCAGAAAUACUGAAGCAUUUUCAUAAUUCACAUUUUCAAAUUCAGACAUCCUGAAAUUGCACAGAUCUCAUUAGAUAGCACCUGAUUAUUUUUCCACUGAUAGAAUUAUACAUCGUGGGGAUUUUAAGUAAAGAAUUUGCACAGGAACUAUAUUCUGUUGAUACCUCUCUCUGAAAGAUGAAGAAAAAUGGCACUUUAACAAAGCAACAGAGCUCCAAAACACGUAAGAGCAGACAUUCUACUUCUCACAUAUUUAUAUCAAUUAUUUUAUUUAAUAUAAUGCAGAUCCGUUGAAGCAGACAGAAUUUUAUGCUGAGGACUGUGAUGAUUAGAAUGAUGCAAAAUGAUGAUUUAGCUAAAAAUAAAAGGCAAAAACGUAAACUGAAUAUUUCCAUCCUCCACGUGAUACUUGAACAGCAACCAGCCCAGUAAUAAUUCAAGGCUACAAAAAAGCAUCUGCUUAAAUCAGACAAAGAACGGUCUUGAUGAAACUGAGAAGUAUUUUUCCUACAGAUUGACAUACAUAGAGUUUACAUAGAGUUCUGUAUAAUAUAUUAAAUGAAUAUAUUGUAAUUGAAGGUACGUUUGGUGUAGUAAUAUGCAAGUUAGUGGCUCCCCGAGGCUGCAGCAGCUGCUCGAUGAAACAUGACGUGCACUUGAUAAAAAGGACGGUGUGGAGACGCCACACACACAAACACAAACACUGGAAUCUCAGUUUCAGAGAUAUAGAGAAGAUUUUAUUGAAGGUUGAGAUGUUUUGUUUUUUUUUAGCUAAUAAUGUGUUCCAGGGUUGAACUUGUAAAUAUGCACAUGGAAUCGUGCAAAGACAGCAUUUAUAGAGAAUAUUAACUACAACAAAUAUACACUUUUUGCCACUUUAUAUGAAAGUAAUAAACUGAACUUUUUAAUCAGGGUACUGUUUGUUUGUAUGCAUGUUUGUUCAGUGAGUUUUAAGCUUAAACAGAGACUAUGAGCGAACGGUGAAAUACUAGAAGCACUGGAGAAAUAAUGUACUCUGCACUGGUGAACUGAUAGUUUUAAGCUAAAGCUAAAGUCAACCAGGAUAUUAAACCUGCAAAAAUGUGUCAUGAAGGAUUUUAUUUUGAUGUUUAGUUUUUCAAUUUGCUUUAAAAAAAAUUUUAAAGCUUGUUUUUUAUAUUUAUAUUGUUUGUUGGCACACUGUCAUCCAACAGUUCAAGUGUUCCUCUCCUGAUGGGUUUAAAUGAACUGUGAAUGGCUAUUCACCUGGUUUUAGCUUAAGUAACACACCUAAUUUCUCUAACAAAAAUUUAAAAUAUUCUGUUCCUGAUCCUGGAUAUUUUUAUUAUAACCAGAGCAGUUCAUUUCCUAAAGAGAGCAGUAACUUUUACUUCUGUUUAAAGAGCCUCUCGGAGGUCCAGGAGUCCUGAGUUCGAUACUAAGUAAUGUGGUUUAUUUUGAAUGAAUCCCACCAUCAUGUUAUCAGUAAUACUCAACUGCUGCAGAAAGUUGUUCCCAGAAAAUAUACCGUCUCCAUUCUUAGAGUUCGGAGUUGCAAGUCAGAGAGUGCAGUGUGCUGAAACAUGAACCAGUACACUGAUUGAUUGACAGGUGUUGAUGGUUCUGCCAUCAACUCUUAAAAAUGUUUUUGAACUCCGUUUUCAUUUUCAUAUUAUUUUCUUUUUCAGAUGCUUUCAUUUAAACGUGACAACUUCAGCAUCCUGCAUGCUGUUCACCCAGUUGGUCACCCAAAAUACAUGCAGUCAUCAUUACAAGCCAAUUAGCUCCAAAUGUGUGUGUGUGUGUGUGUGUGUGUGUGUGUAUGGGUAUGGGUGUGUUUCCUGUAGUUGAAUGCUGUUACAGGAUAAAUCUGCCCACUGAAUUAUUGGUCAUAAAAUAAAGAGAAAAUGAAGAAUUAUUCAAAAGAAGUUGAUAAGCAAGACGUAGUUUCAGAUUUUAUGAUAAUUUAUUAGUGGCGUCCCAGCAGAAGAUGUUAUUGUUACUGUUGUUCUAAUUGAAAGUUUUACUGAGUUUUAUCAGUUUUCUGUUGAGUCCAUGUGGUGAAGCUGCUCUGUGUUAAGGUGUCAUUGUGUUAAAGGUUCAGCUGGCUGUGGGUUAUCUGUUCACGUUUAACUAAGGUUUGCUAACAGCUUUGUUUAGAACUUCAGUCAUGCUGAGUUUAUUAAAUAGAAACGCUCCCGCAGGUCAGUUCUGGUUUAAAUGUGUAGGCUUGAUGUGUAUCUGUUGUACAUUUGAAGUGUUUUAUUUUCUUUGUAUGUUUUAAGAGUUAUUUUGUAUUUUUUUCUAUUGUCUUUCUGCUGUAAUACCAAACCAUCAUCAGCAUAUUUUCAUUAGGGCUGAUGAAGUGUUUUACUGCCAUUAAAACUAAAACUCUUAGUAACACUGACUGCAGCUGACCAAGACGCACCGUCAUUUACGUUCAUGCGUUCUUAUGCAGACGUGAGUUCAGUUUUUAUUAUUUAAGUGAAUAUCUGGGAGUUUCAGUUCAUGCAUGAGUAUAAUUAACUUUUAAAUGGAAUUUUAUAGUGAAAACACUGAGCGCAAUCAGCAGUUCUGCCAGUGUUCUCCAUGCUGUCAGCUUUAUUUAAUGACACUGAUUCUCUAAAUUCAGAGCGACCGAUCAGAUGAGUGGUAGUUUUUCCAGGGACAGAGAAGUAUUUAAAAGAAACUUUGUGCAUGUUUCCUUUAGUCUGAAGCAAAACCAGAUGCUUUAAAUUGGGUUCUAUUACAUUUUCACUACUUUAUUUGGUUCUUUUUGGCUGUAAAAAGCAUCAGUUGUUUCUUGUUCAUUUCUUGUGUGGCCUCGUUAGCAUGAAUCCACUGAGUCUG